AUGUUUGGAGGCAACAAUGGAAAUCGCUUGCUUCCUGUUUUCUUGGAUGAGACUCAAUUUCGGCAUCAAACUAGUGUGUCAAAUCAGUUACAGUUGUUUGGAAAUUUACAAGCAGGAUGUGGUGUUGACCCAGUUAAUUACUUUGGGAAUGAGCAUAUCAGCUCCAUGAUUCAGCCUAAUAAACGCAGCAAGGAAAUGGAAGAUAUAUCAAAACAAAAACUUCAGAUUUCCUUAAAUUACAAUGUCCAUCAAAAUGAUGCUGAUCGAUUAGCAAGUAUUCAAAAUCCCAAUCCCGUGUCAACAGGAUUGAGGCUUUCAUAUGAUGAUGAUGAGCAUAACUCAUCUGUUACUUCCGCGAGCGGCAGCAUGACUGCCACACCAUCUAUCAUAUUGUCUCUUGGUGACAAUAUAAGAACUGAGCUUGAUGGGCACCAAGAAGAGCUGGACCAGUUUAUUAAACUUCAGAAGGAACAAUUAUCAAAGGGAGUGAGAGACUUGAAGCAAAAACACAUGGCUGCUCUCAUCACCUCCAUUGAGAAAGGUAUUAGCGCAAAGCUAAAGGAAAAGGAUGUGGAGAUAGAAAACAUGAACCGGAAAAACAGGGAGCUGGCAGAAAGAAUAAAGCAGGUGGCUAUUGAAGCACAAAGCUGGCAUUACAGAGCAAAGUAUAAUGAGUCAGUUGUCAAUGCAUUAAGGAACAACCUACAGCAGGCAAUUUCACAAGGUGCUGAACAAGGGAAGGAAGGGUUUGGAGACAGUGAAGUUGAUGAUGAUGCCUCAUAUAUAGAUCCUAAUAACUUCCUAAACAUACCGGGUGCGCCUAUAAACUCUACUCACAAGAGCUACCAAGAUGUUGAGAAUCUGACUUGCAGAGCUUGCAAGGCAAAGGCGGUUUCCAUGUUGUUGAUGCCUUGUAGGCAUCUGUGCUUGUGUAAGGGUUGUGAGGGAUUUAUCAAUGUUUGUCCUGUAUGCCAAUUGAUAAAAACUGCAAGUGUUGAGGUGUAUCUGUCUUAA